AUGGAUAAAAAAAAGAGCCAAAAACCCACAAUCGCCACCAAGGUCUUAAAGGCACCCGGAAAAUUUAUAUGCAAGAUCCGAGACCUGUACAUCUCCGGCAUGUACUCAUGCGCCGCUGGCAUGGGCGGCGGUCUUAGUUCCCAGAGCACCACCGGUCUACCCAAAAGUUACAGCACAGCAUCAUCAAGAAACGAAGAUUUCGCAGAGCUCAUGAGGAUUGCUUCCACCAAAAGUUUAGGUAACAGAUUAGACGGCGACUUUCUCCUCCGCCAACAGAUGGCGACUCCGCCACAUGUGCCUCGUAGUCAAAGCGUGGCUUUUGGAAGAAUUGAUGAAGAGACGCCAUCUGAUUUUACGGAUGAUUUGAGAUUAAAACCUGAGAUGUUUCCCAGGAGUAGAAGUCAUGCAGUUGCAAGAACGUAUGUCUGA